CAGAAAGGCAGGCGCCAGACAGGCAAGGGCGACAAAAACAGUUUCUUUAAAGUCCGGAAUACUCAAAAUAAGCAGGUAACCAUGCAAGAAGAAGCGCAAGAUGGCGCCGAGGAAGAAUCCGGCGACACGCACGAAAGCCCGCCAAAUGAACUGCCAGUGACCCAGGGGGUCCUGCAACGAAUGCUAGAUACUAUGCAUGAUAGACUGCAACACACAUUGCAAACAGCCCUGAAUGAAAUCAAGGCAGACAUCCAAGACCUGGGCACAAGAACGCUAGAGGACAAAAUGGCAGAUCAGAUGGAGGCAUACAUCAACUUGUGCACGAACAUGGAAGAAAUGCACGACAAUAUGCUAGCCUUUGAAAACAAAAUCGCGCAUAUAGAAGAUAGGUCACACUGCAACAACCUCCGGAUCCGAGGUAUAAUGGAGACGGUGGGAACAGCGGACCUCCAUGCACACCUGCACACCUCCUUGCACCUGAUUUACCCCAGAACCUGUUCCUGAUGGACCACUACCACAGAGUCCCAAAACCAAGGUUCCUAAUGAUGGACGCACCGAGAGAGGUGCUGAUGAGACUGCACUAUUUUCACGUCAAAGAGGUGAUUAUGAAAGCCAGCAGACAGCGUCCGAACCUGCCGUCUCCAUACCAAGGAACAGCAAUCUACACAGAUAUUUCAGCAGCCACAUUGAAAAAGAGAAAGACCUUCUCUCUCCUCACGGAACAACUGAGGCAACACAAAAAACCAUACCGCUAG